CGCUCACUCCCGAGUCCCGAUCGCAACCGCCCCCCACAUUCCCCAGAGUUAGCCCGAUCAGAUCGUUUUUCCCUCGAGGUGAGAGUAAGAUGAGGGAGAUCCUGCAUAUCCAGGGAGGGCAGUGCGGGAACCAGAUCGGCUCCAAGUUCUGGGAGGUGGUGUGCGAUGAGCACGGCAUCGACCCGACGGGGCGGUACAUGGGGACGUCGGACGUGCAGCUGGAGCGCGUCAACGUCUACUACAACGAGGCUUCAUGUGGUAGGUUCGUGCCGCGCGCGGUGCUCAUGGACCUUGAGCCCGGCACCAUGGACGCCGUCCGCACGGGCCCCUACGGCCAGAUCUUCCGCCCAGACAACUUCGUCUUCGGCCAGUCCGGCGCCGGCAACAACUGGGCCAAGGGGCACUACACCGAGGGGGCGGAGCUCAUCGACUCCGUCCUUGACGUCGUCCGUAAGGAGGCCGAGAACUGCGACUGCCUCCAGGGUUUUCAGGUUUGCCACUCGCUCGGCGGUGGCACGGGGUCUGGCAUGGGUACCCUGCUCAUUUCUAAGAUUAGAGAGGAGUACCCGGAUCGAAUGAUGAUGACGUUCUCCGUCUUCCCAUCCCCCAAGGUGUCGGACACGGUGGUCGAACCCUAUAACGCCACGCUCUCUGUCCACCAGCUCGUGGAGAACGCCGACGAGUGCAUGGUGCUGGACAAUGAGGCACUAUACGACAUCUGCUUCCGCACGCUGAAGCUGACUACUCCCAGCUUUGGUGAUCUGAACCACUUGAUCAGUGCCACCAUGAGUGGUGUCACUUGCUGCCUUCGCUUCCCAGGGCAGCUGAACUCUGACCUCCGCAAGCUUGCUGUGAACCUGAUUCCCUUCCCACGCCUGCACUUUUUCAUGGUUGGCUUUGCACCGCUGACCUCGCGUGGCUCCCAGCAGUACCGCUCCCUGACGGUCCCUGAGCUGACCCAGCAGAUGUGGGACUCCAAGAACAUGAUGUGUGCCGCAGACCCACGUCAUGGCCGCUACCUGACGGCCUCUGCCAUGUUCCGUGGCAAGAUGAGCACCAAGGAGGUAGACGAGCAAAUGAUAAAUGUGCAGAACAAGAACUCGUCCUACUUUGUGGAGUGGAUUCCUAACAACGUCAAAUCGAGCGUUUGUGACAUCCCCCCUCGUGGCCUCUCCAUGUCUUCCACCUUCGUGGGUAACUCCACCUCGAUUCAGGAGAUGUUCCGGCGUGUAAGUGAGCAGUUUACGGCCAUGUUCAGGAGGAAGGCCUUCUUGCACUGGUACACAGGCGAGGGCAUGGAUGAGAUGGAGUUCACUGAGGCUGAGAGCAACAUGAACGACCUCGUCUCCGAGUAUCAGCAGUAUCAGGAUGCUACAGCCGAUGAGGAGGCCGACUAUGAGGAAGAGGAGGCGGCGGCGGAGUGAGGCCUUCUGCCAUCAGUUGGUGCGGGGUUGGCUUUGUGGUUUUCUUUGCACUUGAUGCUACCUCAACGUAUGCAAUAUCUCCUGCUUGAUAUAUCUGCUGCUUGUGUACGCUACCGCGUACGUUCUGCACUCUUAAUAAAUAUAUAUGUUAGUUC